AUGAAUUCUUAAAUGGAAAGAAACUCUGAUCCUCCUCGUACUAAUGUGAUUUUGGUUGUUAUAACUAAUAAGGCUAAUAAAACCUUGAGUCAUGAUAAAUAUUUUAAAGUUUUUAGCCCUUUUGGUACCAUAUAGAGAGUAAGUUGUAUUAAAUGAUUGUUUAGAUGCUCAUCUUUGAGAGAUCGCUCACUUGGAAAACCUUUGUAGAGUUUGAUAAUCCAGAAUCAGCCCUUAGAGCUAGAUCAUAAAUGAAUGAUAAGUUCUUUUGUGAUGAUAAUACAUUAUUAAUGAAUGUAUAUGCAAGCAAAUUAACUUACAUUACAUUCUAAGAAAAUAAUACUGGGGGUGUAGGUAUAGCGUUAUUAAUUAGUAGAUUACACAUAGUUAAGAAAAAAAGAAGUUUCUCCUCCUAAUGAAGUGAUUUAAUCUUCUUCAUCCAUAAAAAGUAGUAAUCCCAUUCCUCCUUAAUAAAACUUCUAAUUCUUAUAAUCCCAAAUGUAAUUUUAACAUCAAAUGUCUUAAUAAAUCUAAUAAAUCAAUUCCUUAAUGGGAUAAUUACAAUAGGUUUGUGCAGAAGGUUUUGUUACACCUUUACAAUAAACAACUGAUCUAUAAAACUAAAUUGAAAAGUAAUAGUCAAUUUUAAAAGACAUUUACGAUUUUUAAUUGAAAUUUUCUAAUCUUACAGACAAUUAUUAAAAUUUCCUAUAAGAAUACAAUUAACUUGAUGAUUAAAAAUCUGUUAGUGUAUAAUCAAGUAAUAAUGGAAAAUAAAAUAGAAAAAAAUUAACACUUCCAAAUGAUAAAAAGACUAUAAAUGGAGAUUAAAUUGAAUUUAUUUAAAGUUAUCAUGAAACUGAUAUUACUAAGGAUGUUAUGUUUCAUAGUUCUGAUAAACUUAUUGAUUAAAUCUAGGUUUAAAAAAUGUACUUGAGUGAAGGAAAAAGUGUUACUAAAGCAGAAGAUCUUAAUUUUAACGGAUUAGGUUUAAGAGAUUCAGAAGGAGAAGAUGAUAAUUUAUAAGAAUAUGAGGAAGAAUUAUUAUAAUUUGAUAAUGAUGUUGAAAAUGAUGAUUAUGAAAUCAAUAAUGAAUUAUUCAAAUUUGUUGAUUAAAAUUAAGAGUUUUCUGAAGGAGAAAAAUAAAAGAUUUUUAGUAAAUUAAAUCAAGAUAUGCUCUUUGAUAAAAAUGAUAAUUAAGUAGUAGCACGUCAAGUUGAAAAAUAAACAUAAAAAAAUACUAUUGAAUAAUCAUCUAGAAGUGUUGAUAAUAUUGAUUAAUUAAUAAGUAAAGGAAAGAUAUAAAGAUAAAAUACUUAAAGUACUUCAAAAAGUUAGAAUCUACAAUAAUAAUAAGAAAAAUUAGAAGAAUAUGUGAAUCCUUUAUUUUUUAAAAGUAUAAUUAUUUAUUGAUUUUAGCACUACGUAAAUCUAAAGUUAUUUAUGCAAGAUGGUUUGACAAAAAAGUUGUUACAUCUACUAUGCUUUAUAAUAUAUUUAGUAUUUAUGGGAAUAUAGAUAAAAUGAUAUAUUUAAAAGAGAGAUCAAGUUGUCUGAUUUAAUAUGUAACGUAAGAUCAUGCAGCAAUUGCAAAAGAAGCUCUUAAUGAUAUAAUGUUUUAUGGAUAAUAAAUCAAAGUAUAGAAUUAUUUUAAUUAGAUCUUUUUUUCAAAUUAUGAGGAAAUAUCCUUAAAAACAUAACCUACAAAACCAGGUGAAAUAGCUUCAGAUAUUAAAACCUAAGAAGAAUAUUUUUAGGGAGGAGAAGAAACUCAUCGUAUUAAACCUGAUUCCACUUAUACUCUUGCUCCACCAUGUGAUACAAUCUAAGUUUCUAAUCUUACUAGAAACUCUUGUCAAAAUUCGAUCAUGUCAUAAUAUAUGCAGGAUUUUGGAUAAAUCAAAGCAUUGAAGUAUAUAUUAUAAUACUUAUAUUUAGAAUUCUAACUACCGGUAAUAAAUAUUUGUGUAUUCUAAAAUAUGCUACUACUGAAGUGGCAUUGACAGUUUUAGCAAAUAUGAAUGGAUUAGAAUUAGAUGGAAAGUAAUUAUAUGUUUUAAUAUAUAUUUAGACCUAUAUAAAUUAACUUUUCUAAACAAAAAUUAUGAUUGGUUGAUUUAUCAAUUAUUCGGAUUAAUAUUACAAUAUACAACCUACUUUUUUUAUUUUCAUUAAUUCAAAUCAAUAA